CAUUUACUCCAGCUAACCAAAAUCAGGUAAAAGCAUUUCCUUUCAUUUAAUUUUCAAUUAAUUUUAUUUCUGAAUGGUGACUUUCGCAUUUUAUAUUCAAGAUUUUUAUCAGAAGAUUUUGUAACUGAUGUUUGAAAUGGACAAAUUUGUUAUUGUUUUUCAAAACCUUUUCUUAUAGGAUGGAUGAGUCAUUCAGGAUGAAUUUCCUAUUCAAUGUGAAGGCAGCAGACUUCAUUAAGGUAUUCACUGAGCGCCACACCAGAAUGUUUGAGUUCCUGUCUGAUUUAGAGAAGGCUGCGGUUCAGCUGGACAACAUGAAGAAGGGCUCCAACAUUUCCACUGUGGCUGGAAGUUCAGUCGGUAUUGCAGGAGGUGUUUUGUCCAUCGUAGGUUUAGCUCUCGCUCCCGUCACUGCAGGCGCAUCUUUGGCCCUCACACUCACAGGCGUUGGUCUCGGAGUCACCAGCGGCGUUAAUGGCAUCAUUACAGGCGUCACUGAAAUUGCAGUGAACAGUCAUCAAGGGAAAAAAGCCAAUGACAUCUUCUUGAGAUUUAUGGAAGAUGUGCAGAAGAUCCUAGAGUGUGUGGAAGACGUAGCCAACAGGGAGGUUGCUGAAGCUAGGAGACUGGCCACUAGUGCAACUGAUUUGUCGAUUCAGAAAGCUAAAGCAGUUCGGAACAUCUCAAAACUGGCUGCAGAUCUUCCUGACAUUGGACAGAUGGCUAAAGGAACUUCUCUGGCCCUUUCAAAGUCAGCCAGGGCAGGGUUCAUUACUUUAAAUGCACUCUUUAUUGGUGUAGAUGUUUUUUUCAUCUGUAAAGACAGUAUGAGUCUGGCCAAAGGGAGCAAAAAUGAAGUGGCUCAGAUCAUUCGCUCCAGAUCAGCUCUUUGGUGCUCAGAGGUGGAGGCGUGGGAGAAGAUCUAUAACCGUCUGUUUGAAGGAAUCGCAGGGUUUUACAAGAAUCUGGAAAUUCUAGAACAGCCUCUCUACUCUAAAAUAAUUUUUUAUCACAGAGAGAAACUUCAGGAGCAGCUGGGCGAGUACAUCUUAGAUACUGUCAAAUACAUUGAAACAGUAAAGGAGUUUUGUGACGGAGAAUCAAAAUGGACCUUACAGAGAGAGACCGAGCUCGAUAUGAUGAGAGACAUCAAAGACCAGGCCGAUCAGAUCACUCUGAAGUUUGACCAUGUUCAGAAGGCUGAGAACAAGGCCAAGGCUUUUGGAGAGUACAUGUGGAGUGGCCUGACUCAGGUUACAGCAGAUUCCAGAAGGCAGGAGCUGGAGAAGGAGCUAGGAGAAGUUCUGAAGAACACUUUAGAAGGACUGGAGAAACUCCAACACUUCCUGAUUGCAGUGGAGAAGCUAGCCGUCACCUCACUGUUUGUGUUCGUGGGCGAGAGCUUCAUGCCAAAGGGUGUGAGCUCCAUGUCCGUACGUUCAGUGAUCUCUGCAGCCAGAAUCGUGUCUCCACUCCUCAUCCACUUCAAGAGAGAUGCAGGAGCGUUCUUCCUGCCGAGCCUCAGCAAUGUGGAAGUCCUGGCCAUCCAGCUGGACAAAUACAUCCGCAUCACUCAGCAGAUCUGUGAGAAGAUGGAGAAAAAAUCCAAGAGCAUUUCAUGUUAUGGUGAUAUUCAUAAAUGCAAAAAUGGAAAAUCUUCACACACAACGUUUUAUUUGAACAUGAGUGAGGAGUCUGUGCAAAAACUGUAUGACCAUUUACUCCAGCUAACCAAAAUCAGGAUGGAUGAGUCAUUCAGGCUGACUUUCCUAUUCGAUGUAAAGGCACAGGACUUCAUCUUUAUAUUCAGUAAGCGCCACUGUAGAAUGCUUGAGUUUCUGGAUGAUUUAGAGAAGGCUGCAGCUGAGCUGGACAAGAUGAAGAAGGGCUCCAACAUCUCCACUGUGGCUGGAAGUUCAGUCGGUAUUGCAGGAGGUGUUUUGUCCAUCGUAGGUUUAGCUCUCGCUCCCGUCACUGCAGGCGUAUCUUUGGCCCUCACGCUAACAGGUGUUGGUCUCGGAGUCACCAGCGGCGUCAACAGCCUCGUUACAGGCAUCACUGAAAUUGCAGUGAACAGUCGUCAAGGGAAAAACGCCAACAACAUCUUCACCAGGUUUAUGGAAGAUGUGCAGAAGAUCCAAGGUUAUAUGGAAGAAGUUGCCAGAGUUGAGGGUCCUAUAGAAAGUGUACAUGGAGUUACCGCAGCUGUUGAAGUUGGGAAACUGGCCACUCGUGCUGGAGCAAUAGGCAAAGGUAUUGAUGCUAUAGUGGAUGGAGUUUCAGCUGUAAAAGUUCUCAGAAGUGAGGAGGUGAUUGCAAAGGCAGUUAAUAUGGGGCUUCAGGAAGCUAAUGCAGGUCGGAGCAUCCCAAAACUGGCUGCAGAUCUUCCUGACAUUGGGCAGCUGGCUAAAGGAACUCCUCUGGCCAUUUCAAAGUCAGCCAGGGCAGGGUUCAUCGGCUUAAAUGCCUUAUUUAUUGGUCUGGAUGUUCUGUUUAUCUGCAAAGACAGUAUCAGUCUGUCCAAAGGAAGCAAAAAUGAAGUGGCUCAGUUCUUUCGCUCCAGAUCAGCUUUGUGGAGCUCAGAGGUGAAGGCGUGGGAGAAUAUCCAUGACCAGCUGUGUGAAGCAAUGUCAAGCUUUUACAACAAUCGGGAAAUUCUAGAGCAACCGUUCCGUCCUUAACAUCCUUAACAUCACCUUGAACUCAAACAGGAUGGUUUGGUAAAAUGUUGUUAAAACUCCUGUUUGAUAGCUGAUUUUGAGUAUUUUGGCUUGGGUGUCAGGGUCAAGAUUGUAACAGUGCACACAAACAUAGACACAAUACAGAGAGUUUCUGUCUAAAACUCAUUCUGGGGUGGGGCUAAGUGUGUGAUGUCACUAAAUAUAUGGCACAGCUUUGGAUCAUGUCUGGGAUUUGUUUAUUUCCAUUGUUGUCAUGUUCAAAUUUCAUUUUGUUCAACAGGUAAUCAACGUAACUGUAUAAACAAUGACUAUUUCAAUAAUUAACAUGCAGAUGACAAUCACGAAGUGUUGAUUAAUACUCCAAAAUUCCUGAAAAAAACCCUGAAAUGACUUUUUACAUCCCUUCUAUUUCUACACAAAAUUUCUCUGCUACUGUAAAUGUUUUUUCUAUUUCUAAGCAGUGCUGUAUAAACUUUAUAAACAAAAUUAAGUAAUCGAACAGGAAACAUUUAUGUUGUGGUUAGGCUGGUAAAGAAGACUAUUCAGUCACAUAUGUGUGCAUUUUGCUUGUGGUUUCUUAACUCUUUGUUGACUGUAAAUCUCUUGUAUGAUUAAACCACUGUGUACACAGUCAAAUGAAUGUUGUCAUUAUAAAAGAGGCUUAACUCACUAGUGUGUGUCUGUAGUUUGGGUGUGACUGAAUACAAAAGUCCAAGAGUCUCCAAAAAUAAAUAAAUCAACUUGUGUAGUA